GCUGAAUUCUUUCACUUGGUACAUUAUGAGUGAGCAUUAUGCGUUCGAAAGAAAAUUUCGUCAAAAUUGUACAAACGCAAAGAAAACUUCUUGAAUGGCUUAAUUUUGACCGCGAAUAAGCUUGUUUUUUAUCUAUUUCGAUUUUCUUAAAAAAUUUAACAACAAUCCAAAAUGGCGACUUUGAAAUCUUUAGUCGCAAAUUGCAUAAAAUGUGAAAAUUUUUGCGACUCUUCCUUAUUUUGUGACCUUUGCGAUAAAAACGCGCGCCACAGUGUCACCGAGUUAUGCAAAAAAUACAACACAAAACUUCACAGAAUAAGUCAGUUUAUAUUUGACCUUUUUGUGGAGUUGUACAAGUGUGCGUAUUUUGUGAACAGUUAUCAUAAAAGACUGAAGAAGCUGCAAGAAAAGAACAAGACGAAUUCUCUUCAGACAGAUUUCACGCCGCUGAGGAAUUCAAAGUAUUGCGUGUUGCGCCAUUUUGCCAGUCAAAUGAGUCUGCCGAACGCCAAGGACAUGACAAGUGACGAUGAAGAAAUUGAUUCGACUGAUCACGAAAAUGAAGAAAAUAGCUUAAAAGGAGUCAACCUAGCCGGAAAUAGAUAUUCGUACGGGUCAUAUCUGAGUCAGACAAGUUCCUCAAACCAACUUCAACUUCAGUAUCUCCAACACGGAUUUCAAGGUCACCAGGGUCCAAACCGAUUUGAAGGUACAGGAACAUCAUCGUCUUCAGGUUAUUACCUUGAGGACAAUGACACGCAGCAUAACUAUGACUAUAUAGACGUCGUGCAACAAGAGCUGGAACAACACAGGAGUGCCUCCAAACCGGACAUGCGUUUGCAUUCUUCGAGCGAGGAACACCAUUCGAGUGAUAGUUGGGGUCGCAACAACAACAACAACGACCACGAAAAAAACUGCAAAACUAACGCCAGUAUCAACAACAAUGUCUAUUCCGAGGCUAACUGGGAAUCAAGUGUCGGUGUGGCCAAUGUUGCAGGAUCACCUUGGUCCCGUGAGGUGCUCUCAUCGUCCACGAAUGGACCCUCAGUACCUCCGAACUCUUACGUUGAUUCAAAUUUUCAAGGUUUUAUGCGGCAGAACUCGAAUUCAACCACAUCAGAUAACAAUGAAGAUACCACUCAAUCUUCACUAUCUGAGUCUUUAGUUCUAAGCACCAGCAAUGCCAUAAUGGGAUUGCAAGAGCUAGAAGACUUGUUCAAUUUCGAACAGACGGCGAGCCUAGACAUGCCAAGUGUAUUGCCGCCUCAAGCCGCGGUACAAAAGCCAACAACACAAACGGGAGAGGUCACGACCCCGACCCCCUUUAUGGGAAGAGUAGCGACCCAGUCUGUACUUCUGACGGAAACUGGAGACGAAAAGGUCAAGAUUCCAACUCCCAUGACACCCCAGCCCCAAAGACGAGCAGCCAAUAGGAACAAUGCAGAGCCCCGUGUCUCGACUCAGCCUUUCUUGAGGAAUCAAGGACAGUAUAGGUCUAAUUUCACGCCGCCACCGAGACCUCUGAAUACGAUCAGCCGAAAGCCGAGUACUGAAUCAACGAGUCUGUUUCAAAGUCUUGCACGACUUUGGUCGCGGAAAAAAGAUAUCUCCGAGAGCAAAUGCUCAAGUUCUGAAACGCCGGAAGGCCUUAUCGAACCCGAAUUUCUAGUAGAAAGCGUGAUUAAACUGUAUUUCAAAUGCUGCCAUAAGUUACAAGGAAAUUCAUUGACUAGUGCUGAAUGUUCCGAUAUACGAAGCGAGCUCCGUGACAAGUUAAUCGAGCUUCGGAUUGUUCUAGAAGGCCCUCAAUGCGAUGACAUGGAUGAAAUUUCAUUUUCAUUGAGCAAAGUUGUCAUUCUGCUGAACAAAUUAUUUCAGAAGACUUUAUCGAAACAAGAAAUGAAUUUAAUCAAAACCAUUUCACAAUACUUGACUAAAAAAUGGGUCGAAUCUGCUUUCCGAAUGCGGAGUUUCAACGACAGAAAAACUGAACUAUUUCGAAAGUUCACAAAAGUUUUGGAUCGAGAGCUUUGAAUGGAGGCUGUUCUCAUGGCAGAAAGACCGGAUGCUCGACCAUUUUUAACCAAUAAACGUCCUUUAGAGAGUCUGAAAGUGACUAAUUACGCAUCGGAAUUAUGUCAGAUUAAAACUGCAGAAAUACCUAACAUAAUUUUUAAGCAGUGGCGUUUUUAUGAA